AUGUCUAACUUUUGGAACGCUUUUGAAGUGUACAAUAGAAGCAAGCACACUAAGGAUCCCGAGAUGUGGGGGAUGAAUCACGCCAACAUUGGGACUGGUAAUACACAGUACUACUACUCCCAAGAGUACAGAGCACCAAAGAAAAAGACUACAAGAAGCGCCUCAUUCAGCUCUAUCAGCUCCUCUACCACUGACGAGGACUCGUUAAGAAGGUCUUCCAUCUCAGAAACGGAAUUGCCAAAACUUUCAAAGGAACAACAGCAAAAAGAAGUGUCGUCUUCGGCAGCAUUGCAUCCUAAGAUGAUAGACAUAUCCAAUCUGUCACAGCGUGAAUUCCAAGAUUUGUACCAAAAUAUGAGGAAAGGUGAGCCCAACAACAGAGUCAACUUCUAG